AUGGCUCGACAGAAGGCGCAGUAUGAGCAGCUGCUGAAGCGGCUGGAAGGGGACAGGCAGCAGCAGCAGCAGCAGCGGCAGCAGCAGCACGCACGAGAGAUGCAGCUGCAUCAGCAGCAGCUGCUGCUGCAGCAGCAGCAGCAUGAACUGCAGCAGCAGCAGCAUGAACUGCAGCAGAAGCAGCAAGAGCUGCUGCUCGUAGAAAGAAACUUCAAUCAGCAGAGAGACAGCAUAGAGCAGCGUCUUGCUGCUGAUCAGCAGCUGCUGCAGCAGCAGCAGCAGCAACUGCAGCAGCAGCAGCAGCAACUGCAGCAGCAGCAACAAAACUUCACAAAAAAAAAAGAAACAUGGUGUGCUGCAGCAGAACAAAACAGACAAGAAGCUCACCGCGCGCAGCAUCUGCUGCAGCAGCAGCAGCAGCAGAUAGAAGACAAAAAAAAAGAAAUAGAGACAAAGCAAAUGCAGCUCACACAAAAACAAGAAACAUUAGAUGCGGAGCGGUAUCAGCUGAACGAGGAUCGGCUGCAGCUGCAGGAGCAGCAGUUUUCUGUUGAUGCAGCAAUGCAGCAGCUGCGAGCGGAGACACAAGACCUGGAGCAGCAGCAGCAGCAGCAGCAGCAGCAACAGCAGCUGCUGCAGCAAAAGGAGCAGCAACUCAUACAACGCGAAACGACACUGCAGCAGCAAGAAGCAGACCUUAAUAACCAACGGCAGCAGUUGCUGCAGCAGCAAGCUGCUGCUGAUGCCCGAGAAGACAGCUUGCGGAGGCAGCAGCAGCAGCUGCAGCAGCAAGAGGUAGAGCAACAGCAGCAGCAACUGCUGCUGCAGCAGCAAGAGGCAGAGCAGCAGCAGCAGCAACGGCAACUCCAGCAGCAGGAGGAAGAACUGCAGCAGCAGCAGCAGCAAUUCCAGAGACACCAAGAGACGCAGCAGCAAGAACUGCAGCAGCAGUACUCACACAUUGAGCAUCAGCAGCAGAUGCUGCAGCAAGAACAGCAGCUGCUGCAGCAGCAGCAGCAGCAGCUGCAGCAGCAGCAAGAAGACCUCAAACGCAGACAGCAGGACCUUACGAGGCAUCUAGAGCAGACAGCUGCCAGAGAGGUAGGUGCUGCUUCUCCCUUUGCUGCUGCUGCUGCUGCUGCUGCUGCUGCUGCUGCUGCUGGUAGCUGA